AUGGACGGUCAGCGGAAUCCCGAGCUCCAGCGGGUCCUAGCAGCGCUGAAUAGCUUUUCCCAGCAACAAGUGCACCAGCCGCCGCAGCAAGCCGCUUCCUUUGGACUCAACUCUUAUAGCAAUCAGAGUUUGCAUGAUGUGAACCCUGGGCCUGCCAACUCGACGAUUCCGGGUCUAGGCUUACUCCCGUCAGCCUUCCAUGAACGGGCUGUCUCUCCGCCACCCAUCCACCGCUACCAAGACUCAACUCCAACCCCCUCCCAGGCACAGAGUAGGACUUCGACACCACGACUACCGGAGACUCUUCGCAGCAAGACUUCCACUCCUAAUCCCAACGUCCCCGAUGCAUCGACCAUCGUUACCUGGCCGGCAGCGCUGAAACACGUCUCGCGCCAUCUCGUCCACAACGAACAAGUGGCAAACAGGAUCAAACAUUUGAUCAACGAGCAGCAUAAGCAUGAGCGGCAGUGGUGGGCCGGCCGUGAGGCUAUUGUUGCGAGACAGCAGGGAAGGUCUGGGACGUCACAGCAAGUCUCAGCAAUAUUGAAGUCCCUUGGCGCGAAGGACGUGGCGGCUGCUUCUCCACGUGUGGCUGCGCCAUCAGACGAACAGAAGAAAGCGGACCAAGCAGAACUAGACGCCUAUGACAAAAAGGUCUAUGCUGGUUUGCUGGCCAUGGCGGCAGAUUUUGACAGGCAACUGCGGUCCCUGGGAGUGCCGUUCUACGCGAUCAAACAUGAUCUGGUAAUUUUGGAGGAUGGGCCUGAGAAACGAGCCGGUGUCAACAAGGGAAAGAUUGAUAAGGGGGAGUUGAGGGAGUUGCAAAAACGGAUGUGUCAAACUUUGGAGGAUCUGUUUGGAGACUGA